AUGGUUUUAUCUAUAUACAGGGAAACCGAGGAAAAAGAGCAAGAACAGACAACUGGGUGUUUGGAGUGGUAUCAACACGCUAUUCUCCAGCACAAGGGUAUUUCAAGGUUGUGGAGCGUAGAGAUAGAGCUAGUUUGAUACCCAUCCUGCAGAGGGUUUUGCUGCCCUGUACAGAAGUCCACAGUGAUGACUGGGGGGCUUGUUCCAACUUAACAGCC